GAGAUGGAAGAUGGCGCCCAGGGGCCGCCAUCGCUCCUCGGCGCCGCUGCAGAUCCUGCUUUUCCUCAACGGCUGGUACAGCGCCACUUAUUUCCUCCUGGAGGCGUUCGUGUUCGUGUACAAGGUGCUGCUCCUGCCCUAUCCCGUCUCCAACCUGGUGCUGGACGUGGUGCUGCUCCUCCUCUACCUCGGCACUGAGGCCACGCGGAUCUUCUUCGGCUCCAAGGGGAACCUGUGCCGGCGGAAGGUGCCGCUGUCGCUCAGCCUGGCGCUCACGGUGCCGGCGGCGGCGCUGGCCGGGUACUACCUGCUGCUCCAGACCUAUUCCCUGCGCCUGGAAUCCUUCCUGAGCGCCAUCCUGCUCCUCUUCUACGGCCUCGAGCUGCUCCUGGGCCUCCUGGCGCUGCUCUCCUUCUCCAGCACGGAUCCCUACUGAGGCCACACCGGGGACACGGCCCAGGGACACAGGGAAGUGUGACCGGUGCCAGCUCCACUUCCCAGCCCUGGGAAAGGGAGGGAUCCCACUUUCUUCCAC